AUGGCCAUACCUUCUCCAGAUGGGCUCGGCUGGUUCCCGUCAGCGCUUCCCGUCGCAGGUUCUUCUGGACUCCUUGUCCUGGUGGCCGCCUUGGCGGCCCUCUGCAUGCUGCAGAGCGCCUUUGUCCCCAGCUCCAAACCGCAGGUGUCCAACGAAGCCGCGACACUGGCAGCGGCAGGUGCGGUGCUGGCGACCCCAGAAGCGGCGCACGCGCGAUUGCCCGAGGACGCUUGCCGAGGUAGAUGGGGAGAUGGUAGAUGUCAGAACAUGAACAUGUAUAGAAAAAAUACAUGUCUAAACAAAAGUCUAUAUCCAAUAUCAAUAUCAAUAUUAUGA